AUGCCUGCCCAGAAGGACUUGAUCAGCGACCAGGCGUAUGCUCAAUCGCACAUCUUCAGACCUGGGUCACCCAACUACGACACCACGGUUGCGCAGCUGAAGGUGGCCAUGCACACGACCAUUUCAGCCGCUAUGGGAGGCAGCGCCUCUGCCAUUGGCUUCAUCGGAGCCCUCGUCUACCAGGCGGCUUCCAUGUUCCCGCAGAAGAUGAAGGUUGAUGACCGAGUGGAUGCGAGCUUGAACCACCACCAUGCCUGGUUUGGAUUCAGCUGCAAGCCCGUUAGCGACGCCGAGCCGACCUGCAUGACUGGUAUCGGAGGUAGAGCUAUUGCUGCACAGGCGAUUAUGGCGCUAGUGAUCAUCGCUUGGGCGGGAACUCUUUCCAGGCCUUGCCUUAUUCGAAUUGAAGAUGACGGGCAAGCCACGCUGCUACGCAUUGACGAAGACACGGAGGAGACCGGCAUGGAUCUAACACAGCACUCUCCUCCAAAGGCCUAUGCGAUUGGUCCGGCGCAGUCUCCACCCUACUAG